AUGGGUAAAGAAGAAAGUAUGGAUGGGGAAGAAGUUUGGGAUGGAGAAGAAGUUAAGGAGGGAGAAAUGAUUAUGGAUGGAGAAGAAGUUAAGGAAGGAGAAGAAAUUAGGGAUGAUGAAGAAAGUAAGGACGGAGAGAAGGAGAAGAAGUCAUGGACGGACAAGAUGUUAUGGAAGGAGAAGAGGGUUUGGGUGGAGAAGAAGUUAAGGAAGGAGAAGAAGUUUGGGAUGGAUAAGGAGUUUGGAAUGGAGAAGAGUUUAAUUAAGGAAGGAGAAGAAGAAGAAGUUAAGGAUGGAGAAAAAGUUAGGGAAGGAGAAGAAGAUAAGGAUUGGGAAAUAGUUUGGGAUGGGGAAGAAGUGAAGGAAGGAGAAGAAGUUAAGGAAGAAGAAGAAGCUUUGGAUGGAGAAAAAGUCAAGAAUAAAGAAGAAGUUAUGGAUGUGGAAGAAGUUAAGGAGGGAGAGAUGAUUAUUAUGGAUGGAGAAGAAAUCAAGGAAGGAGAAGAAGUCACGAACGGAGAAGAUGUUAGGGAAGGAGAAGAUGGUUUGGAUGCAGAAGAAGUUAAGGAAGGAGAAGAAGUUAGGGAAAGAGAGGAAGUUAAAGAAGGUGAAGAAGUUAAGGAUGGAGAAGAAGUUUGGAAUGGAGAAGAAUUUAAGUAUGGAGAAGAAAUCAAGGAGGAAGAAGAAGUUAAGGAAGGAGAAGAAGUUAUGGAUGGAGAUGGAGAAGAAAUUUGGGAUGUAUAUGAAGUUAAGGAAGGAGAAGAAGAAGAAGUUAAGGAUGGAGAAAAAGUUAGGGAAGGAGAAGAAGAUAAGGAUUGGGAAAUAGUUUGGUAUGGGGAAGAAGUGAAGGAAGGAGAAGAAGUUAAGGAAGAAGAAGAAGCUUUGGAUGGAGAAAAAGUCAAGAAUAAAGAAGAAAUUAUGGAUGUGGAAGAAGUUAAGGAGGGAGAGAUGAUUAUUAUGGAUGGAGAAGAAAUCAAGGAAGGAGAAGAAGUCACGAAUGGAGAAGAUGUUAGGGAAGGAGAAGAUGGUUUGGAUACAGAAGAAGUUAAGGAAGGAGAAGAAGUUAGUAAAAGAGAGGAAGUUAAAGAAGGUGAAGAAGUUAAGGAAGAAGAAGAAGAAGUUAAGGACGGAGAAGAAGUUAGGGAAGGAGAAGAAAUUAAGGAUGGGGAAUUAGUUUGGGAUGGGGAAGAAGUGAAGGAUGGAGAAGAAGUUAGGGAAGAAGAAGAAGUUUUGGAUGGAGAAGAAGUCAAGGAUGAAGAAGAAAUUAUGGAUGGGGAAGAAGUUAAGGAGGGAGAGAUGAUUGUUAUGGAUGAAGAAGAAGUCAAGGAAGGAGAAGAAGUCAUGGAUGGACAAGAUGUUAUGGAAGGAGAAGAUGGUUUGGGUGGAGAAGAAGUUAAGGAAGGAGAAGAAGUUAGGGAAAGAGAAGAAGUUAAAGAAGGAGAAGAAGUUAAGGACGGAGAAGAAGUUUGGGUUGGAGAAGAAGUUUGGAAUGGAGAAGAGUUUAAGUAUGGAGAAGAAAUCAAGGAGGAAGAAGAAGUUAAAGAAGAAGAAGAAGUUAUGGAUGGAGAAGAUGUUAAGGGUACAAAAGAAAGUAUGGAUGAGGAAGAAGUUUGGGAUGGAGAAGAAGUUAAGGAGGGAGAAAUGAUUAUGGAUGGAGAAGAAGUCAAUGAAGGAGAAGAAAUUAGGGAUGAGGAAGAAAGUAUGGACGGAGAAGAAGUUAAGGAAGGAGAAGAAAUUAAGGAAGGAGAAGAAGUUAGGGAAAGAGAAGAAGUUUGGGAUGGAGAAGAUGUUAAGGAUGGAGAAGAAGUUUGGGAUGGAGGAGAAGUUUGGAAUGGAGGAGAAGAAUCGAAGUAUGGAGAAGAAAAUAAGGAAGAAGAAGUUUAG